AAUUCCUCGGCUUUCUCGCUCUCUCUUUCCCUGCCUCACUCCCGGGCCAGGAGGGGGUGGGCGGGGAUCCUCUCUGAACUGCCCCAGGGCUUGGGGGGGCGCCUGCAAGCAGCUCCGGGUCUCCCCCACCCCCACCCCCCACCAUGUCCACGGGCUCCCUGAGCGAUGGGGAGGACCUGCAGGAGGUGGAGAUGCUGGACUGCGACGGCCUGAAAAUGGAUUCUAGCAAAGAGUUUGGGGCGUCCACCGAGAGCAACGAGGAGGGCUCCACGUGCGAGCACGGCUCCCCCCCCAAGGGCCGGGGGGCGGCGGGCAAGAGGAAAAAGGCUCCCCCCAAGAAGAGCCCGCUGCACGGGGUGAGCCAGGAGGGCAAGCAGGUCCAGAGGAACGCGGCCAACGCCAGGGAGCGGGCCAGGAUGCGCGUGCUCAGCAAGGCUUUCUCCAGGCUGAAGACCACCCUGCCCUGGGUGCCCCCGGACACCAAGCUCUCCAAGCUGGACACCUUGAGGCUGGCCUCCAGCUACAUCGCGCACCUGCGGCAGAUCCUGGCCAACGACAAGUACGAGAACGGGUACAUCCACCCCGUCAACCUGACUUGGCCCUUUAUGGUGGCGGGCAAACCGGAGAGUGAGCUGAAAGAAGUGGUGAACACAAAUCGCUUGUGCGGACCUACAGCAUCCUGACCACCCUCCAGCAGAGGAACCAGCCUUCAAUGCGCGUGUUGGGGGCGGAGGGGGACCAGUAGGAGAAAGGUGGGGACCACCCCCCACCCCACCCAGGGACACCGCCGAGCGACCCGGAGAGCCGAGCGCAUCCCACCGAGGGGACCAAAUGUACCUUAGCAAAGACUCCACCCCAAAGACUCCCCCUCCCCCGGUAUAUUUAACUUGAUUAACGUCUGUACAGUCGAUCGUCCUGCAACGCAGCCUUGCUGGUUCGAGUGCCAGCGUUGUGUGCGAGAUCCCUGCGGCCCCCCCCCAGCCAGCCUGCCCGCCUGCCUCUCUUUUUGUACCAUACUUGUGACAUAUGUAGAUGCCUAGAAUACUGGACUUUGAUAGUCGCAGCUCUAAAUACGCGGUAAAGAUAUAUGGAUAUAUUUUCUUCAGCCGGGUCUUGCUAUAUUUCUGUGAAUAAAACCUUCCUUUCUAUAUGAAAAACACAAA